AACAAAGUUUUAUUGAUUGGCCCUUGGAAAAAGAAAAAGGAAAAAAUUGUCAUAUAUCAUAUCAAAUCAAAAUCAAUUUCAGAGUUGUUAUUGUAAAUUGUUUGGGGAAAAGGCAAAGGCAAAGCUAUGAGUGCAGCCUUACCAGUGAGGCUUUUCUUGUUGCCUUCAACAUUAACCAACUCCACCAUUUCAGCAGCCACUGCCGCCACUUCUCGUCCUUUUUAUUCUUCUUCUGAUUUUCCCUCCAAAUCCCUGAAAUCUCCAAACCCUAAUUUCUGUUACUCACCUUCUUCCUGUGUUGUGAUUAACCAUUUUCAUUAUUAUUCAUGUUCUGCCAGGAGGACCUCCAACAAAACGUGGCUUUGUGGACACAUGAAAAGAGAUCAAGACAUGGAUGGUUGGAGAGAGGAAGAGGAGAAUGUGGUUGGCUUGUUUGGUUCCGAAGAAAAUGGUGGCACACAGAUUCCCACCCAAGCCCAAUCGCUUGUGGAAGGAUCAGGGGCAGUUUUGGUGUCAGAGUUUAAACCUACUCCUGAUGUAGAUUAUCUACAGGAGUUAUUGGCUAUUCAACAACAAGGGCCCAGAGCUAUUGGCUUUUUUGGGACUCGGAAUAUGGGGUUCAUGCAUCAAGAACUCAUUGAGAUUCUGAGUUAUGCUUUGGUCAUAACUAAAAAUCAUAUUUAUACAUCAGGUGCAUCAGGGACUAAUGCAGCUGUUAUCAGAGGUGCUUUAAGAGCGGAGAAGCCAGAGUUGCUUACAGUCAUUUUGCCUCAAAGCUUAAAGAAACAACCACCUGAGAGCCAGGAAUUAUUGUCAAAAGUGAAGACUGUGAUAGAGAAGCCUCACAAUGAUCACCUUCCUCUAAUAGAAGCAAGCAGGCUGUGCAACAUGGACAUCAUCUCACAUGUACAACAGGUCAUUUGCUUUGCCUUCCAUGACAGCAGACUGCUAAUGGAAACAUGUCAGGAGGCCAAGAAUCUGAGGAAAAUUGUGACCCUUUUUUACCUUGACUGAAUCAGUUCACUGUUCAUCUUGUACAUUGUUCUAGGGAGAUGGAAGAAAAGCAGCUUUGAGGUAUCACUUUUGCUAGUGUUCAUCUUGUACACUGUUUUUGGGAGAUGGAAGAAGAGGAGCUUGAAGGUACCACUUUUGUUUGUAAAUUAGGAGAAGAAAUCAACAAGUCUUUGCCUUUGUAGAUUUGUAAUUGUUUUUGGAGCCCAUUUGCUCCUAUUUCAUUGGAAUGGUUAAUUAAAAUUCUCAUUGUUUUCUCUUUUUUUUUUUCAAAAAUUGUAAUACAAAAAUCAGCCUGUUUUGAAUAA